AUGCGAACAAACUCGCCGCCAGACGUGGGAUCGAACAACUGGGGCAGGGACAUGGGGAGUCGCCGCGAGGACUCGUCCGUUCCUCCGUUGGACAAGAUGGACCCGGGACUGGAUAUCACGGACUUCGACCGCCAAGCCAAGGCCAAACAUGUCUUUGUGCCACGACCUCGACGGGUCACGUCGCCAGAAUUGAUCUUUCGCGGCGCUUCCCUUGAUCGCUGCGAAAAGGAAGAGUUGUGCUCCUUCAAUGAGGAGAGCGUUGACAUGGAUGUCGAAUGUGGGGACAAGUGGAAUUUCCGCUCCAUUGGUCGUCCAGAUGUGAACCUCGACACCCCACCCACCCGUGCAGGGAAUCCAGUGAUCAUGGACGAGCGCUUUCACGAACAUUCGAAUGUGUCGUCGUCCAUGCUGUAUCGCCCCAUUGCGCGACCCAUGACCGCCAUGCCCAAUGCCGAGCGAGUUGCGUGGUGGAAUGCUGCCUCCUCCUAA